UCUCCCAAUGGGGCCGCCCUGCUGUGUGCUCCUGGUCCCUGUGAGCUGCCUGAUCCUGGUACAGGUGGUGGGCUCUGGGAGUAUGAAAGUCCUGCGCGAGCCCACUUGCUUCUCCGACUAUGCCAACCUCUCCACCUGCGAGUGGCAGAUGAAUGGCCCCAUCAACUGCAGCGCCGAGCUCCGCCUGUCCUACCAGCUGGACUUCCUGCUCUCUGAGAUCCUCACGUGUGUUCCCGAGAACAGCGAAGGUGCGGGGUGCGUGUGCCAUAUGCCCAUGGAUGGCAUGGUCGCAACAGACAACUACAAGGUAGCCUUGCUGGCCAGGCAGCAGCUGCUAUGGACUGGCUCCUUCAAGCCCAGCGAGUAUGUGAAGCCCAGGGCCCCGGAGAACCUCACGGUCCACACCAACGUCUCCGACACCCUGCUGCUUACCUGGAGCAACCCAUACCCGCGUGACAGUUUCCUGUAUGACGAGCUCACCUACCUGGUCAACAUUUCCAGUGAAGACAACCCCACGGACGUCAGAAUCUAUAAUGUGACCUACCUAGAACCCACUCUCCGCCUCGCGGCCAGCACCAUGAAGUCUGGGGUUUCCUACGGGGUGCGGGUGAAGGCCUGGGCUCAGAGGUAUAACAGCACCUGGAGUGAGUGGAGCCCCAGCAUCACGUGGCGGCACUCCUACAGGGACCCCUUGGAACAGCGCCUCCCGCUGGGCGUCAGCAUCUCCUGCAUUGUCAUCCUGGCCAUCUGCCUGUCCUGCUAUUUUGGCAUCAUCAAGAUUAAGAAGGAAUGGUGGGACCAGAUUCCCAACGCCGCCCACAGCCCCCUGAUGGCCAUUGUCAUCCAGGAUUCUCAGGUGUCACUGUGGGAGAGGCGGUCCCAAGGCCAGGAACUGGCCAAGUGCCCACGCUGGAAGACUUGUCUUACCAAGCUUCUGCCCUGUUUGCUGGAACACGGCAUGAAAAGGAACGAGGAUCCCCCCAAGGCUGCCAGAAGUGGGCCUUUCCAGGGCCCGAGCAAGUCAGUAUGGCACCCUGUGGAGGUCAGCAAGACAGUCCUCUGGCCAGAGAUCAUCAGCGUGGAGCGGUGCGUAGAGUUGUUUGAGGCCCAGGCGGAGGGUGAGCAGGAGGAAGCGGAGGAAGAUGACUUCUGCCCGUGGCCUGAGAGCAGCAAGGGUGGCUUCCAGGAGGGCAGGGAGGGCAUUGCGGCCCGGCUGACGGAGAGCCUGUUCCUGGACCUGCUUGGGGGUGAGGAGGGCGGCCUUGGCCAGCAGGGCUUGGGGGAGUCGUGCCUCCUUCCGCCUUCAGGAAGCACAAGUGCUCAGAUGUCCCAGGCCGAGUUCCCGAAUACAGGGCCCCCGGGGGAGGCUUCCCAGGGCGCAGAGCUACCUUUUGGCCAAGAGCCAGGUCCUGCAGCCAGCCCAACCCAGAGCCUGGCUAGCUUGGCUUGCACAGAGACGCCCGUCGUCAUCGCAGACAACCCUGCGUACCGCAGCCUCAGCAACUCUCUGAGCCAGCCCCCAAGUCCUGGAGAGCUCGCCCCAGAUCCGCAGCUGGCCGAGCGCCUGGAGGAAGUGGACCCCACGGGCCCCUGUGCCCCUGAGCCCUCAGAGCCCGAAACCUGGGAGCAGAUUCUCCGCCAGAGUGUCCUUCAGCACCAAGCGGCCCCGACCUCAGCCCCCGCCAGUGGCUAUCGGGAAUUUGUACACGCAGUGCAGCAGGGCAGUCCCCAAGACGGCGCAGGGGCGGGCUUGGGCCCUUCUGGGGAGGCUGGGUACAAGGCGUUCUCCAGCCUACUCACCAGCAGUACUGUGUCCCCAGGGGCGUGUGGACUUGGGGCCAGCAGCGGGGAGGGGGGCUACAAGCCCUUCCAAGACCUCCUUCCUGGCUGCCCCGGGGACCCUGCCCCAGGCCCUGUCCCCCUGUUCACCUUUGGACUGGACACAGAGCCAUGUCACGGCCCACAGAACUCACACUUCCUGGGCGGCUCCCCAGAGCUCCUGGGUCUGGAGCCAGGGGGAGAGGGAGAGGGCAGGCAGAAGCCCCCGCUCUCCCCUCAGCAGGCCACAGACCCCCCCAGUGACGACCUGGGCAGCGGCAUUGUCUACUCAGCCCUCACCUGCCACCUGUGUGGCCACCUGAAACAGUGUCACGGCCAGGAGGAGAGUGGCCAGGCCCACGUUGUGGCUGGCCCCUGCUGUGGCUGCUGCUGUGGAGACAGGCCCUCGCCCCUCAUGACCCCCCUGAGCACCCCGGACCCCUCUCUAGGUGGGAUUCCACUGGAGGCCAGCCUCUGUCCAGCCUCCCUGGCACCCUUGGGCAUCUCAGAGGAGGGUAAGUCCUCACCGCCCUUCCAGCCUGCCCCUGGCAAUGCUCAGAGCUCCAGCCAGACCUCCAAAAUGAUGAGCCCUGUCUCCUUGGGGCUGGCAUGCACAAGGGCCUCCUAG